AUGAGCUUGAAGCCAGAACAUUACAUCUAUAACUGGACACAUAAUAAUGUGGAACGGGCUGGAAGAAAUCUCUUCCAGGUCAAGGGUCACGCUUCUGCUUUAUUACCGGAACUACAUCGGAAUUACCAGAGGUUCCAGUUAAUUCUACAAUGUAAAACUAAAAUGGACAGCACUCAAGGCACAAAGGUUUUGCUGACUGAAGAGGGAAGAAACGAGGAAGAUAUAGGACAGGGCGAGCCGGCAAUGGGAGCCACAGCAGCAAAAGUGAGAGUAAUAAAAGAAUUAAACAGAGAGGGUCCUGCUGCUGCUGCUGCUGCGGGCCUUGUAGAUGAAGAUGUGAACAAGGAAGAUGGUGGCGCCAACGGAGACCAGAAGAAUGAGCAGCAACUGAAGGAGCCGAUUCCUGAGUAUGCUGAGGGCCAGAGUGUCCAGUCUGUGCCCAGGCAGGUGCCACGACGUCGACUACGCCAUAGAUUCACCCAGUGGCAGUUGGAGGAGCUAGAGAGCAUUUUCAAGGCCAAUUGCUUCCUCAGCAUCAAACUUAGAAAACAACUGGCCAGAUGGAUGGGUGUGACUGAAGCCAUAGUGAAGAGAUGGUUUCGGAAGAGGAGAGAACAAUACAGGCGAUAUAAGAGGCUAUAA